UAAAAAUUGUCUGUUUAAAAAAUGGGAAGUUGUACAAAAAAUUGUUGUGGCUUGUCCUCAUCAUCAAGUAAACCGAAAAAUACGUGCUGCAAACAAAUGCCUGCUGUGGAAGGGGCCGGACGCAAUCCUUUCGUCAGGUUCCUGCUGCACUUCAAGAGAAACAACAAGGAAAAACUCUGCAAUAUGCGGCUGACUCAGGUAUUGCGGUUCGCCAGCAAGAAGUGGAAACAAAUGAGCUGUGAGGAGAAGUCGCCCUUCGUCCAGGCGGCCCAUAAAUCAAAGUACAGGUUUUGGUCGCGGAACAAGGAGGCCAAUAGGAUUAUGGAAAAGUUUCGCCAAACUGUGGGAUGUGCAAACCCUCGGACAAAAGACGUCUUCAAGGUGAUGGUUGAUCUCGACUCCUGGCGGCAAAACGUCCUGGAUGACUUGCUUGGGGAUGAUGAGUAGCAUACGAAUUUGGAACUAUUUUGCAAUUAAUCGAAGACUUUAAUAAACGAAAUCGAGAUAA